UUGAACGCAUCUCGGUAACCGAGGGUUGUCCGUAUUCACGCUGCGUCUCUGCGGCCAUGGUAACACUUUGCCGAACGUUCGACUGCUUAUUCAUAGAAAACUUCGCCAACAGUCUCUUUUUAUGCAGGUGUGUUUAAAGCAUGAAUUUGGCAGAGAUCUGUGACAACGCCAAGAAGGGCCGUGAGUAUGCUCUGCUGGGGAACUAUGACUCCUCUGUGGUGUACUACCAGGGCGUGAUUCAGCAGAUCCACAGACACGCUCAGUCCCUCAGAGAUCCAGCACUGAAGGUCAAAUGGCAACAGCUUAGACAGGAACUGACUGAGGAAUAUGAGCAGGUGAAAGGCAUCAUGGGAACACUUGAGAGCUUUAAGUCUGAGAAGCCUGUCAACAUCCUUGCCCCUCAGACAGAGGAGAGAACAGAGGAUCCAGCCGCUUGGCCCCCACCCAUCCCAGCAGAACACAAGAAUCCUGCUGUUGUGAAGAGGCCUAACAGUGCGGUGAAUAAGCAGAGGAAGGACUCUCCAGGUCUGCAGCACCGAGGAGGAGGAGGAGGGGGACGCGCUCAGGCCAACUCUAAAGGAGACCGGCAGGGAAACAGAGACGGCCGGGCUGCUAAGGCCAAAGAUGAUAAGGGUAAAAAACUGGAAGCUUGUGAUGCAGAACAAAAGAAGUUUGAUAGUACUGGAUAUGACAGCGACUUGGUGGACUCACUGGAGAGGGAUAUUGUCUCCCGUAAUCCUAAUGUGCACUGGGAGGAUAUUGCUGAUUUAGAAGAUGCCAAGAAGCUUCUGAGAGAAGCCGUAGUGCUGCCCAUGUGGAUGCCUGACUUUUUCAAGGGGAUUCGUCGACCAUGGAAGGGUGUCCUGAUGGUCGGCCCACCAGGAACAGGAAAGACAAUGUUGGCCAAAGCUGUGGCUACAGAGUGUGGGACUACAUUCUUCAAUGUGUCCUCCUCCACCCUCACCUCCAAAUACAGGGGCGAGUCGGAGAAACUUGUCCGUCUGCUGUUUGAAAUGGCCAGAUUUUACGCUCCCACAACCAUCUUCAUAGAUGAAAUUGACUCCAUCUGUGGCAGAAGAGGGACGUCCGAUGAACAUGAAGCCAGCCGGCGCGUCAAAUCAGAACUUCUGAUUCAGAUGGAUGGUGUCGGUGGGGCCUUGGAGAACGAUGACCCGUCUAAAAUGGUGAUGGUGCUGGCUGCCACUAACUUCCCCUGGGACAUUGAUGAGGCGUUGAGGCGACGGCUGGAGAAGAGGAUCUACAUCCCCCUGCCCACAGCCGUAGGCCGUGCGGAGCUUUUAAAGAUCAACCUGAGGGAGGUGGAGCUGGCUCCUGAUGUGGACCUGGACCUCAUAGCUGAAAAAAUCGAGGGAUACUCAGGAGCAGACAUCACCAAUGUCUGCAGAGAUGCAUCCAUGAUGGCCAUGCGUCGCCGAAUCCAAGGCCUGAGCCCUGAGGAGAUCCGAGCCCUUUCUAAAGAUGAGCUCCAGAUGCCCGUCACUAUGGAGGACUUCACUCUGACUCUAAAGAAGAUCUCAAAAUCCGUCUCAGCUGCUGACCUGGAAAAAUAUGAAGCCUGGAUGGCUGAGUUUGGCUCAGUGUAGAAAAAGGAUGCAAAAUCACACUGUUGGACCAGAGGGUUGAAGGAAAAGUUUCCAACUUUAAAGUGUGAAGGCUUUGAAGAGGAAGACAACUCCAACACUGGCGCCAGUGAGCGCAUCAGUGACAAUGGAGUUCACUUCAGAAGGCUGACAUCUGUGACCAGGCAUCAUAAGAACGUUUAAAAAAGCUGCUCUUUUAUAUUUUUCUUUUUACUCUAUAAUUAUAGACGAGUACAUCCAACGUCUUACUUCUUAGUGUAUAUCAGUGAUGCUUGUAUUAUUAAGCUGAUCAAUUUGGAGUCAGCAAUUAUCAUUUAAUAGUCAAAAAGGAUGGAAAACUGUAUUUUUUCCCCCAAACAUUCUUGUUUGGCUCCGUUUCUGUGCAGCUCUCAUUCAAAAGGAAAGAAAAUAAAAUCUCUAUGCCACAAAUAAUCAGGCCUUUCUGCUGAUGCCUAACAAUACCAGAAACCUAGAGUUGUAAUCAAAGUAAAAAGAAAAGACACAAGAACAAAUCAGGCCAUGUCAUUUUAACACGAACUGAAACGUCUUCCAAUUAAUCACAAUCAUCACAAGGCCCGCAAAAAAGUGUUCAGCUUUCCAUUUACAAGAUGUUUUAGAAAGAUUUUAUUUUAUCAUAAUUUAAUAUUGUUCUCAGAGUGAAGUAUUGUUUUAAACACUGUUACUUAAAAUUUCUUAAAUCUUUUUUAUAUGAAGCUUGUCUUACGGAAACACAUUUCAGCACUUUAAAUGUAUUUUCAUAAAACCUUCAGGUCUUUACCACUAACUGAAUGUUAAUAAUUUAGUGAUAUGUUUGCUUUGUUGUGACUUAUUUUGUUUUUUGUGCAUUUUUAUAUUUGUUGUUAUGACAAAUGUGUUAAGAGCGACUGAAUGUGUGUGCUGACAUGCAGCUUUACUUUUUCUCCAAAAUAAAGUUAAUU